GUGACUAGACAUUCAAUAACCCUUUGUCACGAUCCACGCCUUGCCGUUAUUAUGAACAGGCCAGGCCCUGGCCAGCAGCCUUUUCGGGGGAUGUCGAGCUUCCCCUCCCAACAGCAACAGCAGCAACAAGCAAGAUCUUCGAACCCUUCACUGCUCUCCGGUCGGAUGCCCAAUGGUAAAGUUGGAGGUGCUGCAACUUGGGGUUUUGGUGUGCCAAUGGGAGGAGCCCCAGGACUGCAGAACAAUCAGCCGCGGACUGUGAAUGCUAUGAAUACAUUUGCACAAAGCGUAGGCGGGUCUCAACCUGCUACCCCCUUAGAUCUUUCCGAAUUCCCCUCUUUGUCAGGCGGCUCUCAGCCAUCCCAGACCCCGACAACUGGACAGGCAGUUUGGAGUACUAUUAAUCAACGACCAGCCCAGCAAACCCUCCUCCAGAGACAAUUACAGCCUCCGGUGUCCUCGCAAGCGCCCUCGAGAGCCUCGCAAACACAAUCCAAUCAACCUUCACAGUCCCAUACCUCUCGAGAUGACCUUUUUCCUUCAGGCUCGCAGUUCGCGACUCAACUCGACGACUUUAGAAAUGGCGGACAAGGAAUAAGCGGACAGCUUUCAAGUAACAAUCAGCCACAGACCGGCAAUAUCGAGGAAUUUCCGCCGCUAGGAAAACAAACGCCGGGUGACCUGGGACAGGACCGCAGGGAGUCUCUGAUGCAAUCUAGCAAUCUCGCAAGUUACGGAAAUACAAUGUCAUACGCUAAUCAGGGGCUUCCGGGGCAAGCAAGAACCUCCGUGGGCAGCGCAAUACACGCACGACGCGACGGCACCGGCGUCACUUCCCCAGUAGGAGCAACAUCAGCAUCGCGAUCUCCGAUUGGCCCAGUUCAAAAUGGCGUCGGCAGUCAGGAGCAAGAGGAUUCUACAAAUCUCAUGGCUGGACAGCACGCUACUCGCCCUGAAGACUUUUCCGAGCAGCCGCAGCAAACAAUACCUUUUCCGGAGGAAACUCAGCCCCAAGAGACAGUUGCGACAAAUCAAACCUCCGACCAAACUCCCAUCACGCAAAUGAGCGACCGAGAGAAAUAUGGACUUGCGGGAUUGCUCAGAAUGAUACAUAGCGAAAGCCCUGACGUUGCAAGUUUGGCGAUAGGGCAAGAUCUAAUGAGUCUGGGGUUAGACUUGAAUCAACCAGAGCCUCUUCAUCUCUCCUUUGCCUCCCCCUUCGUUCCAUCGGGUUCAGGGGUUCCCCUCCAACCAGAUUUUACUCUCCCCGCCUGUUAUAAUGUUGCCAACGUACAACCCCUUCAGACACGAAUUCCAAGCUUCACCGACGAAACACUCUUUUACAUAUUCUACAGCAUGCCUCGUGAUAUUAUGCAGGAACUUGUUGCUGAGGAGCUCAUGGGCCGAAAAUGGAGGUAUCACAAAAUCGAGCGUGCAUGGCUCACUCGUGACGAUUCAUAUCCCAACCCUGUCGAAGUUGAAAGGGGUAUAAGUGAGAGAGGAGUGUAUUUGUGGUGGGACACAGCUACGUGGAAGAAGGUCCGGCGUGAAUUCAUAUUGCGGUACGCUGAUCUGGAUAAUCGGCUUGACCCUGCCCGGAAUUUCAUGCGCGGGAUGUCUUUCCCUCAAACCUCUUAA